CUGCGAAUGCCAACAUUAAAAGAAAUUCUACAUAAGUUUGUUAUACAACAUCUUAAAGCUCAUCAACAAUUGCAUAUUAAGAAAAUUAGCUGCUUAAACCCCAGCCUGCCAAAGAAAGAAAAAACAAUGGGCUCUGAAGCUCUUCUUCCUGUGAUAGAUUUGUCAGAGCUAAAGCCGGGCACACCUGAGUGGGACUCGGUGAGACCCCGGGUUGAGCAAGCACUCCAAGAAUAUGGUUGCUUCCAGGCUUUGUUCAACAAAGUUCCUUUUGAGCUUCGAAAAUCGAUGCUUGGUGCAAUGGAAGAGAUCUUUGAACUUCCUUUGCAAACAAAAUCAAGAUUUUUUUGUGCUAAGACGCCCUUCGGUGGCUACACUGCGCACUCACCAACAACACCGUGGGAGAGCAUGAAUAUUGGUAAUGUACACAUCCCCGACAAUCUCACAAGCUUCACUAAUCUCUUGUGGCCAGAAGGAAACCCAAGCUCUUGCAAAAUUCUACGGUCCUACACAGAGCAACUGUCUGAAUUGGAUCAAACAAUUAGGAGGAUGGUUCUGGAGAGCUUUGGUGUUGAUCAGAAAUACUGUGAUGAACACAUAGAUUUAAGCCGAUACACUCUUCGAGUCAUGAAGUAUGAAGGUCCCGAAACAAUGGAGAGCAAGCUUUUGUUGAGACCCCACAGUGAUAAGAACCUUUUGGGCAUAUUGUAUCAGCUUAACGAGGUACAUGGGUUAGAGGUGCAAAGCAAAGACGGGAAGUGGAUCAAUGUGAAACCCUUGCCGGACUCUUUCAUCGUCAUGGCCGGAGAUUCUUUCCACGCAUUGACUAAUGGGCAUGUGCAUGCUCCGGUUCAUCGGGUUGUGAUGACUGAAAAUGAAACGAGGUACUCAGUGGGGUUAUUUUCGAGCCCAAAAGAAGGUCACAUUGUGAAAGUCCCAGACGAGCUAGUGAAUGAAGAACACCCAUUACGCUUUAAGCCCUUUGAAUAUAUGGAGUAUCUCAAAUUCUUCGCAACAGAAAAAGGACAGAAAUCUCAUGAAUGCGGCAUAAAGGUUUUUUGUGGUAUUUGAGAUGAAUCCGAAUCUUUUCCGGUAACGAUUUCAUAUUACUCCUUACAGUUGAUGACUUUCACCACUAUCAAUGUUGAAUUUCACUAUUAUAAUAGCAAAUGUUUUUUUGUUCAAAAAAUUUAUAAUGGUGAAAUUGCACAUAUAAGCAAAUAUGUACAUAACAUAUAAAAUUUCACAAUUAUAAUAGUAAAAUUCACCGUCAAUAGUAAUAAAGAAAACCAAUGGCUGAGAACAACGGAAAUCAAUACAGGAAAUUAAAAGCUUUUGAUUCG